AUGGGUCUGCUUGUUUUCAUUGACACCAUAGCCCUGUGUUUGGUUGUUUCCUCGGCACUGCUUCAGCGGUUUGAACAAGCACCCAAACCAGAUGGAUCACUUAGCUUCUUGGUCAUUGGAGAUUGGGGAAGAAAAGGAGCUUACAACCAAUCUCAAGUUUCAUUUCAGAUGGGAGUUUUUGGAGAGAAAUUGAACAUUGAUUUUGUGAUUUCUACCGGAGACAAUUUUUAUGACAAUGGUUUGACAGAUAUAGACGAUCCAGCCUUUGAUGACUCAUUCACCAAAAUUUACACUUCUUCUAGUUUGAACAAGCAAUGGUACAGUGUUUUGGGCAAUCACGACUAUAGGGGUAAUGUUGAGGCGCAGCUGAGUCCUGUCCUCAGAAAUCUUGACAAGAGAUGGCUUUGCUUGAGAUCUUUUAUUCUCAAUGCAGAUACUACACCGUUUGUGGACAAAUACUUCACAGAACCUGGGGACCAUGUUUAUGAUUGGAGUGGAAUCCGGCCUCGCAAACAAUACAUUUCCAACCUCCUCAAGGAGGUGGAUUUGGCUUUACAAGAGUCAAAUGCAAGGUGGAAAAUUGUGGUGGGUCACCAUACAAUUAGAAGUGCUGGUCAACAUGGUAACACUGAUGAGCUUGUAAAGCAGCUUCUCCCAAUUCUCCAGGCAAACAACAUUGAUCUUUUCAUAAAUGGACACGAUCACUGCUUACAACACAUAAGCAGUGUUGACAGCGGUGGAGGGUCUAAGGCGUGGAGGGGUGUGGUGAACUGGUGGAACCCAGAAGAAAUGAAGUUCUACUACGAUGGUCAAGGAUUCAUGUCUGUGCAGAUCACUGAAACUGAAAUUGACGUAGUAUUCUAUGAUGUCUUCGGCCAUGUUCUACACAAAUGGAACACCUCCAAACAGCUUCACCGAGCUUGGUGA